AUGGACCCCCAGAACAGAGAGUCUGAUGAACACGUCAGUGAAUGGGAAGAGGGCUCAGGGAAAAAUGACACACCACUUUACACCCUGCAAGUACAUUACCAAGAGCCAAAGGACAAAAUCAAUCCCCUCAUACAUGGCUUCUACCAUAACAGCAGACCAUCCUAUGACGUGGUGGAAUUGGUCCAUUCUGAUCCCUUCGAAGAUGGAUCGGACUACAUCAACAAAGCAUUCAACAACCAGGAUGAAAAUCCCCUUAUUCAACGUAAUGACUCUAAAGUUCUUGUACUUGAUUCAAGGGCAAACAAAAGCUCCGUACUCCAUUCAUACCUAUAUAACACCAGCAGGGAGGGUCUCUCAGGAAAGGCACGGUUGUUUCUAACAGGAUCAUUAUCCACCAUCAUCAUCCCAUCCUUCUACACGCUGGUCUGCUUCCUCAGUGUGCCCGUCAACAUCUGUGCACUGUUGGUCCUCACUCGGAGGGUCAGGCCUAAGAAGCCAGCAGUGAUCUACAUGAUGAACCUGGCCUGUGCUGACCUGCUCUUCUCCAUGGUGCUGCCCUUCAAGAUCUCCUACCACUUCAACGGAAACAACUGGAUAUUUGGUCCUGCUAUGUGCCGUAUGGUGACUGCAGCCUUUUACUGGAACAUGUACUGCUCCGUUCUCCUCAUCGCCCUCAUCAGCGUGGACCGGCUUCUUGCUGUGGUCUAUCCUAUCCAGUCUUUGUCAUGGAGAAGUCCUGCAAAGGCAGUCAUUGCCUGUGCAGCCAUGUGGAUUUUGUCCUUUGCGGGAACGAUGCACCUCCUCUUCACUGAGCAGACUUUCAACCUCACAGAAUUGAACAUCACCACCUGCCAUGACAUCCAGCCGUCAAAGCCUCUCUGGGGUUACAAGUCGUAUUACAUCACCCUCUGCUUCCUCCUCUUCUUCUUUCCUCUCAUCAUCACUUUGGUGUUCUACGCUUGGGUGAUUUUUACCUUGAGUAAAGUCCAACCAGGGGUUCCAGACCGUUCACAGAAAAAAAGAAGAGCAAUGUUCUUGACUGCAACAGUACUGGUGAUGUUUGUGCUGUGUUUCACACCUACCAACCUUGUCCUCUUAACGCAUCAGCUGAUGUAUUCUGAAGGAGCUGUGGUCCAAGAGUACAAGGAGAAUACAGAUAACAUCUUAGUCUUAUAUGUGGUCUUUCUGUGCUUGGGAAGUCUCAACUGCAUCCUUGAUCCUCUGGUCUACAUUUUUGGAUCAUCGCAGUUUCAGAAAGAGCUAUCCAACAUGCUGCUGAAGCUACAGAAGACCCCAGAGAGCACCCUAACAGUCCCAUCAACCAAGCAAGAAUGA